UAGUAUAGUCAAAGCUUCAACGGGGUCUCGGAGCUGUAAGCCCACCCUACUCCGACCUCGACCUCGAACUCGAACUCCGGGCUUCUCUUUCUCCAUACAUCUCAACCUCUUUACACUCAAUCUUUUAGAUCUCUACGAAGAUCUCAUCCAUUUCACCUCUCCUCCGUACAAUCUCACCACUCUUAAAGGCGAUUCUCCUUUUCAUCUUCUCCAAAUCAAGAUUCGGAUCUCUCUUCCUUCUAUACGAUUUUCUUCCCAUCCAAACGGAUUCAAGAAACUAUGGGUGUUCGAUUAAGAGACCCUAGAAUGAGUUCGCUCUCUGUCUUUUUCCUUCUUCUAUUACUCAUUUUUACAACGGUCUCUGCUCAGGAGUCUGGGGCUGAUACUGAGGGGGAAAGUUAUACUGGAUCCAAAGAUCUGGGCCGUCGGAGCAAGAUUGAUCUGGGCAGCCUUGUGAAGGAUGCUGCUGGAGACAAGAAUGAUCUUGAUUCUUUAGAUUUGGGUGUCAACUUGGACUCUGGUCUUGGAAUCUUCGAUGCAUUUUUUGCAAGUUUUUCUAUGAUUUUAGUCAGCGAGAUUGGAGAUGAGACAUUUAUUAUAGCAGCACUUAUGGCAAUGCGUCACCCAAAGUCAAUUGUUUUAUCUGGGGCACUCUCUGCCUUGAUUGUUAUGACUGUACUUUCAACAGGACUGGGCAGGAUUGUUCCAAACUUGAUAUCAAGAAAGCACACAAAUAGUGCAGCUACAGUUCUUUAUGCAUUUUUUGGUUUACGGUUGCUUUACAUUGCUUGGAGAUCAGAUUCAAAAUCUUCCCAGAAAAAAGAAAUGGAAGAGGUAGAGGAGAAACUCGAAUCUGGUCAAGGGAAGACAUCCUAUCGGCGGUUCUUUUCCAGAUUUUGUACACCUAUAUUUUUGGAGUCAUUUAUCCUAACUUUUCUUGCGGAGUGGGGUGAUCGAAGCCAGAUAGCAACAAUUGCAUUGGCUACACACAAAAAUGCAAUCGGAGUAGCUAUAGGAGCAACAUUAGGACACACCAUCUGUACAUCAGUUGCCGUGGUUGGUGGGAGCAUGCUGGCGUCGAAAAUCUCCCAAGGCACAGUUGCCACCGUUGGAGGCUUGCUCUUUCUCGGCUUUUCCUUGUCCUCGUAUUUCUAUCCUCCUCUGUGAGUGAGAUGUUGUAGGCUAACCUGAUUCUUUUGUAGCAUCAAUGCUCUCCACUUCAGCAUUUUACCUUUUUUUUUUCCCUUUACUCCUGGUAAUUUUUGUUCCCCCUCCGUACAAAUCCUUCACAGAAAAACUUGGUAUUAACUGGUUAUUACCAGCCUUUUUUAUUCGUUCCUUGUAAAAUCUUAGCAAUAUAGAUACACGUUAAUAGCUUUCCUCUA